CGCAAGUUGUUGUUCAUUCACUGCGGGCUGAGUUUAAUUCAAACAACCCUUUGUAAUUUUUUCUUUCUCUUUUAAAGCUAUUGCCUGCGUAAAUCCAUUUCCUGAGUAAACAACCUACUCGUUUACGGACGCAUAGACAUUUCCCAAAGUUUCAUUGGUCUGCUAGACUCGCCGGCUUUUCUCUGCACUCCACAAUGGAUUUGGUCUGGAGCCUGUGCUUCGUAGGGAGUCUCUGCGCUUGGCUUGCAUCUGCAGAAAGGCACAGUGUAUAUUGGAAUAGAACAAACACCAAGUUCCUAUGGGACGACUAUGCGGUGGAGGUGCGGCUGAACGACUACCUGGACAUCGUGUGCCCCCACUACCCGCUGGGCGAGGUGGCAUCGCAGGAUGCUGAGCGCUACGUGCUCUACAUGGUGGAGCGGGAGGACUACGACGCUUGCAAGCCUCAGUCCUACGACCAGAUGCGCUGGGAGUGCGGCCACCCCUUCGCCCCCCACGCUGCUGAGAAGUUCUCCGAGAAGUUUCAGCGUUUCACCCCCUUCACCCUGGGCAAGGAGUUCCGCCAGGGAGAGAGCUACUACUAUAUCUCCAAACCUCUGCACCACCACGGACAGGAGUGCCUCAGGCUCAGGGUAGACGUCAUAGCUGCUGAUGGAUCUCAAGAGGCCAGGGUUUCAACUGGAAGAGCUGGAGCUGGGGGUGGAGCACACAACGUCUCCAACAGACUGCCUGCAGAUGACCCAGUGGUAAUCCUUCCAGAUGUCCAGAAAAGCGUGCGGACAAAUUCAGGGGUUUCGACAGCAUCCUUCUCUAUUCUCUCAUUGAUGGUGCCAGUCUUAUUAUUACUGUCGUUACAGUGAGACUGAAAGAACUACAGAUCCUAUAGACUUGGAGGGACUACAAUGAAGUUUGUCUGUGGGGAACCACAGACGCAAGACAGUUCUCAAAGCCCAAGUGCUGGUCACUGGGAGAGGGACACUUUUAAUGUUGUAAAUACAGAUGGACACACAUUCACUAAGUGUGCUGAGUGAGACUUUGGAGUUUUGUGAGGAGGCGUUAUACUAUCUCCUUUCUUUUUUAAGAUUCAGUAUUUCCUGGACAGAUUUUGUUCUCUUUAACGUUAGUACUUUUUAAAAAACUUUUUUUUUUUUUACACUCCUCCAAAAAACAUCAUUCGUUUUGGUAAAGUGAGGAAGAAAAAAUGAAGAGGAACAUAAACUGGAAUGGAUGAAGAGCAAUCACUGAAGACAAAGCUAACGGACUUUCCUAUAAUGGACAACUGUUUUUGUAUUUAAUAUGAAUUUGUAUUAGAAAAAACAGCAUUUAGUGCAUCAUCUUCUCUAACCUUUUGAGCCAAAGAAUACAGUGAUCCUCUCUCCUGGAUCUAACUAUUCUAUUCCAACCUUGACUAUUGUGUACUGUUAAUUGUAUUGGUAUUGAGUGGCACUAAAUGUCCAAGUGAUUAUUUCUCUAUGUAGCAUCGACAAAAGCAGGGAAUGUGUUGGCUAACUAUCAAUGUUCCUGUGCAGACUCGACCAUGUGCUUCCACAGCACUAACCAGACAGCACAACAACACACUAUUCAGUUGUCCAGUCUGACUGAGGCACAGACUGACUGACACCCCAAUGCAGACUCCUAAAGGGAGACUACAUGGAAAGCAUCUGUGUGUGUACAUUUUGUGAAAAAACAUGAAUAAAAGUUUGCUGCUGAAAGAUGAACCUAAUAUUGUAAGUUUAUCAAAUGCUAUGUUUACUAAUGGUGAGCUCUCUCUGAGAAAGGAGUGUCCACACGAGUGGGAGAAUGAGUGUUUCAGUGAGAAAGUGUGCGAGGGAGAGAGAGGUCAAACAAAAUGUUAAAUCUGCAAAUGGCAAACGUAUGUUGUGUGUCGCAGCGGAAGGCGUACCUUAUCUGUUUUGUCGGAUAAUGCACUCGUACUGUUUUAAACUAGAUCACUCAGACUGAUCUAUACUUAAGCACAACACUCGCCAGUGUUUCACUAUGUAACUCUGUUUGUUGCAUCUAACUUCAAUCACUAAAAAGUCAACCAUGUAAAAAAAGGAAGACCUUUUUAUUCAGUUCUGAUUUUGAUUGGACAUAAUUUACAAUUUGGUUGUACUUUUUAAUGCAGUUGAGCAUUUUACAAUAAAGCAAAGAUCUUGGGAAAUUCUACUCCGGUGAAAUUAUAGGACUACACCCAUUGAAAUCACAAGACACGGCACCAAUCUUGGCUGCCAAGCUCAACUAGACUUCACAGGGUGGUUUGAACGUCAGACACAACGGUAUAUGACUAACAUUGAGUCAAUCCUUUUUGUUCUUAGAAAACGUGUUACCUUAUUUUGUACAUGUGGUAGUAAAGUGUAUUAUGUGUGUGUGUGUGUGUAUAUAUACAUAGAAUAUUAUAUAAAGAACCCAUUUGAUAAAUGUGACAUUUCCAUGUGAAAUAAAAUAUAUUUUUGAAAACGA